AUGUCUUUGUUUCGAUCAGCUUCUGCGACACGCUCCUCUGAUGAGGGUCUGCCAUAUUUCAACGGACCGCGACUUAUUGCGCCGAAUGUCUGGCUAUACUCUGAACCUACACGGCAAAUAUGCGAGGGCUUCGAUGUAGUCAUCAACGUUGCAAGAGAGGUUCUCGAUCCCUUUGUUCCAACCGAACUUCCUAUCCUCUCGACCUCAGGCUCCGAAAGUGGAUCGUCCGAUUUGGGAUGCGCCUGGCGUGGUGAAUACGUGCAUAUACCCUGGGAACACAACACGUCCACUUUGGUUUCGGAAUUACCGUCAUUGAUCGAUCUCAUCAAGACCAGCGCCGAACAGGGAAAGAAGAUGUUGGUACAUUGUCAGUGUGGAGUGAGUCGGAGUGCCACCUUGGUUAUUGCGUAUAUCAUGCGGGAAAAGGACAUGAGCUUGCACGAUGCGUAUGCGUAUGUGAAGGAAAGGUCGCCUUGGAUUGGCCCUAAUAUGGGGUUGAUUUACCAGUUGAGUGAGUGG